AACAAGGUGGGGGAACAGACCAAUGAUAAGGCGCGGCUCACGACUUCUUAACCUGCGCACCCUUCCGUUACGAACCCAAAUCGUAUUUAAACUGCGCACACCGCGUUCUUCACGUUCAACCACACUCUCUCUCUCUCUCUACAAUUUUUUUUUAAUCUUUUUGAUUCGCUUCUGGCUUUUUUGACUCUAAAUUGGGACGAAAAGUCGAGCCUUCGAAGAAACGCAGAAACUCAUAAACCAUCGCUGACUCCGCAAUUUUCGUCGGUUCCUCACACACUCUCUGAUUUCUCCGCGAUGCGAUUCGAUGAAGUGGUUCUGAAUUCGGAGCAAGAGUUUUUGUUUCUGCGGAAGUGUAUCAGCUUAAGAAACUGCGUUUAGGGUUUCUGUUUUUGGUGGUGUUGUUGUGAUGGCGGAUGCUGACGUGGACCUUUCGGAACUGUUCUCUGGUAAUGCCGACGAAGACGACGACAUGUUUUAUAUAGAUAUUCAGACCGUCCAGAAGGUUCUUGAUGAAGACGAUGAUUGUUACUUUCAGGAGACGGCAUCAUGUGAUCCUUGUAGCCAACCUCAACUACAGAAUAGUCCCGAGGAUUCUUCAUCAAAAAAUGUUUCACCUAGUGAAUCUGGCAUUCAUGACACUUUUCAGAUACAAAAUGGGUCUCAAGUGUUAGAAGAACCAUAUCUUUCUAAGUUGGGCUUUGCAAAUUCAGUCACGAGCUGUUCUCCAUUCUGCUCAGAUGUGUCAGAUUUCGGGGUCAGAGGUUCAGUUGGUGUAUCUGAUUCUGCAGCUAAUUCUAUGCUUGAUUGUGAACGUGAAAACCAGGGACCUCAAUCUCGGGCUUGCUCUUCCCCAAAUGCUUUUCCUGGUAAUUUCAGUGAUUCAUUUUCUCCAGGUGAAAGUGAUGAGGUUUUUCGCACAGAAAGGACCCAAGUUUCUAAACAUGAGAUACCUGCAUAUAGUGUAGAAACAAGUUUCCCUGAGGCACAGUCAAACAAUAUAUCAAUUUGUGGAGAUAAUUUGAAUCUGAGUAUGUGGAUUGGUGAAAAUGAGAGCCAAUUCAAGCAUGUGAGAGAGGAUGUUGAAUCUGAACAUGCUUCACUCAGUUCUAUUGUUGACAAUGAUGAUGUAAAUAUUGAAGGUUAUGUUGAAGACAUCAUUGCAGGAGUUUCUGGGCAACAGGAAAAUGACUCGUGUACAUCUUUUGAAGCAUCAUUUAUGGAUGCUGAUAGAUCUUUGCAUGUCACAACUUCAACUGAUUCUAGUGUUGGUCAAGGUUCCCAUGUUUCCAGUGAUUUCAUUGACUACCAUGUAUCUCCAAACUGUUACCAGGGAACACAUGAUGGACCCUUUGUUGCUGACUCUUCUCUUGGUUUUGUGCCUAAUGCUAUUAAUUCUCAAUUGUGGCCAUAUGAAGAAAUGAUGAAUAACAUUAAGGCUGAAAAUGUGGAGUUAAAUGCUGAUAUUGCAUAUAUGAGUAAUGGCAUGCCUUCAAGCACUACUGGGUGGAUGCCUUUUCAGGAUAGUCAACUUAUGUUAGCUGAUAAUGGUUAUCCAUCAUUUCAUUCUGGUAAUUUUGAUGACAUGUCAUCACUGUCUCUUUCAGCUUGUGCUUCAUACAUGUCAUAUGGAGACCAUUACCAGAACAAUUUUCACCGUGAUGAUGCCGAGUUCAAUGUAGGCCAAGAGGUGAAACAAACACCUGGUAUUUUUUCUUCUGAAGGGUGUCAAGCUUACCAGUGUUUUCAGAAUGAGGAUAAUUAUGCAGUUAUAUCUGGGAUAUCCAAUCAAUAUCAAGAUAGCAUUGGCAGAACUGCUAGUUUUCAAGGAAACUUUGACAAUUUGAAUUUAAAAGCUGCAGAUAAUUCUUGGCUCCAUCCCCAAGAACUAAUUACCAGUGAGAAGCAGUUUGGUUGUGUUAAGAGAGAAGGAGGGAUUCAACAUAACUUUAUUGAUUCUCAUCUUUCAAAAGGAAGAACUGAGAAUUUCCAUGUUGAGGAAGACCCUGAUGUUUGCAUUAUUGAAGACAUCAGUCAUCCUGCUCCGACGAGUCGACCCGCAGGCAUUGGGAAUUCCCUUAAUAUAUCUCAAUCUUGUAGAUAUGUUGGAAGUACGGUCGGAAGUACAAGGAUGAAGGCAUGUGAUGAACGAAAUAUAUUACGAGUUGCAUUGCAGGAUCUAUCUCAGCCAAAGUCUGAAGUUAGUCCACCAGAAGGAUUGUUGGCAGUUCCUCUUUUAAGACAUCAGAGAAUUGCUUUAUCAUGGAUGAUUCAAAAGGAAACAUCAAGUUUAAAUUGCUCAGGAGGAAUUCUUGCAGACGAUCAGGGACUUGGAAAAACAGUAUCAACUAUUGCAUUAAUAUUAAAGGAAAGACCUACAUUACUUAAUGGGUGCACCACUGCCCGAAAAAGUGAAUUGGAAACUCUGGAUGUGGAUGAUGACAUGCUUCCUCAGAAUGGUAUAGUAAAGGAAGAAUCUAAUAUGUGUGAGGAUAAGCCAAGUGGAUAUCCAAUGAAUUUGUUGAAGCAAGCAAAGGGAAGGCCAUCUGCUGGGACCCUUAUUGUUUGCCCGACUAGUGUCCUGCGUCAAUGGGCUGAGGAGUUGCGUAGCAAGGUAAAUGGUCAGGCAACUCUCUCUGUGCUAGUAUACCAUGGAAGCAAUCGAACAAAAGAUCCUUAUGAGGUGGCCAAGCAUGAUGUUGUCCUAACAACUUAUUCCAUUGUCAGCAUGGAGGUCCCUAAGCAGCCUCCAGCUGACAAAGAUGACGAGGAAAAGGAAAUUUUUGAAGAUCAUGCUACACCAAGUAGGAAAAGAAAAAGCCCUUCUAAUUCUAGUAAAAGUGGCAAGAAGAAAUUGGAUGGCACAAAUCUUGAAGCUGUUGCUCGGCCACUUGCAAAGGUGUCAUGGUUUAGGGUUGUCCUGGAUGAGGCCCAGAGUAUAAAGAAUCACAAAACUCAAGUUGCAAGGGCCUGUUGGGGUCUUCGUGCUAAGCGAAGAUGGUGUUUGUCAGGGACUCCUAUCCAGAAUGCAAUUGAUGAUCUCUACAGUUACUUCAGAUUUCUAAGAUAUGACCCUUAUUCUGACCAUGCAUCAUUUUGUACUAGAAUUAAGAACCCAAUUAGCAGAAAUCCAGCAAACGGGUAUAGAAAGUUGCAAGCUGUCUUGAAGACAAUAAUGUUACGCCGAACGAAAGGUACACUUCUUGACGGGGAACCUAUUAUUUCCUUGCCGCCUAAGUAUAUAGAGCUGAAAAAAGUUGAUUUUUCAAUGGAGGAACGUGAUUUCUAUUCCAAACUAGAGGCUGAUUCACGUGCACAGUUUCAGGAAUAUGCUGAUGCUGGAACUGUCAAGCAAAAUUAUGUCAACAUUUUGCUGAUGCUUCUGCGCCUUAGACAAGCUUGUGAUCACCCUCUGCUUGUCAAGCGAUACAAUUCAAACUCUCUAUGGAGAUCUUCGGUUGAGAUGGCAAAGAAGCUUCCUCAGGAAAAACAAAUCUCUCUUCUGAAAUGUUUAGAGGUUUCCUUGGCCCUCUGUAGCAUUUGUAAUGAUCCUCCUGAAGAUGCAGUUGUCUCAGUUUGUGGCCAUGUUUUCUGUAACCAAUGCAUCUGUGAACAUCUUUCUGGUGAUGACAAUCAGUGCCCUGCUGCAAAUUGCAAAAGUCAACUGAGCACAUCUAUGGUAUUUUCAAAAGCCACACUGAACAGUUGUCUUUCUGACCAGGGUUGUGAUAAUUCACCCAGUUGCUCUGGUCCUGAAGCCGAAGAAGCUGAACCUUGGUCCGAAAGUAAGCCAUAUGAUUCUUCAAAAAUAAAGGCUGCACUUGAGGUUUUGAAGUCAUUGUGUAAGCCACAGUGCUACACAUCAAAAAGUACUUCUGAGCAUAGCACUUUCAGGGAAGAUAAAAAUUGCCUUGGGAACCCCUCCAUUGCUAAGAAUGGGAAAUCCUUAAAAGAUUCUCCUGAGAGUCAAAAUUUGUCUGAUGAGAAUAGAAGCUCUAAUGCUUCAGUUACUGUUGUAGGGGAGAAAGCUAUAGUGUUUUCUCAGUGGACGAGGAUGCUAGAUUUGCUUGAAGCGUGUCUCAAGAAUUCUUCAAUUAAUUAUAGAAGGCUUGAUGGAACAAUGUCAGUUGUUGCAAGAGAUAAAGCUGUUAAAGAUUUUAACAAUUGUCCCGAGGUAACUGUUAUAAUUAUGUCUUUGAAAGCUGCCAGUCUUGGUCUCAACUUGGUAGUAGCAUGCCAUGUUCUUAUGUUAGAUUUAUGGUGGAAUCCUACAACUGAAGACCAAGCAAUAGAUAGAGCACAUCGAAUUGGCCAGACUCGUCCUGUGACUGUUUUGCGGUUAACUGUGAGAGAUACAGUUGAAGAUCGUAUUCUAGCUCUGCAGCAAAAGAAGAGAAUGAUGGUUGCAUCUGCAUUUGGGGAGGAUGGAACUGGUGAUCGUCAGACUCGCCUCACUGUGGAUGAUUUAAAAUAUUUGUUCAUGAUGUGAUUAGACGUACAUAUUUACAGAUAUAAUCUACAUUUUUUGGAUUGGUGAUUUUUUGACCUGGGGGCAGAUGUCAUCUUGAGUUUCUUUCCGGUGACUGCUGACGAAACAGAAACAGAACAUUUCUAGCAAGGGAUUGGAAGUGGUAACAAGGUUGCUAUUGACUUUUGACAUUAAGAUUAUAUGAAGAAAUGUUUAUAUGUUUAGAAUGAGAUGUUCAUUCUUUGACAUGGAAAUUUUAGUUUAAUCUCACAUCUUUGUAGGAUGUAGAGAGCAGUAGCAUAUAUAGCAACACACAGAAGAUUUUUAUGGAUUGUUCUUUUCACUGUAAAUAAUAGAAAUUUUUGCUUUACCGUUUUGUUCC